AUGUUAUCUAGUCAUCAUUCAUUUAAAAAGUUGAAUAUUCUUUCUAAAAAACGAUCAAAAGUAGAUGUAAAGCCUAUCGCUAGACAUGUUUCUCUGGAUGAUCUAGCAUUUCUUGUCAAACGAUUGUCUGUACAAGUGGAUGAUUUAGUAGAAGAGCAUCAAAAAAAGACAGCAGCAGAAGCAGCAGCGGCAGCGGUAGCAGUGGAAGAGAUACCCGUCCUUGUGCCUCCCGUUAAUACAGUGAUGAAUGAACAAAAGGAGAUGCGUCCUCAACACCCACUUUCCGUCUCUCAUACCACGGUCGAUCCUUGGGCUUCCUACGUACCCCAAAAUUAUGGAGCACUCUUACAACGAUUGGAAGACAUUGAGAUGCUACAAAAGUGUCCUAAUGAAUGCUGUGCAUCAACAGGCACUGUCUCAUCCGCCGAUGGUGUACCUUGGCCUCAACCGAUCGAACCCUUCAGUUGUUCCACCAGCCAUGACAAAGGUUUAGAUGAGAUGUUGGAUAUCCAAUAUACGCAUUGGUGUACCUUAUUAAGGUGCUUACCCUUAAUGGAUGCAGUCACCUGUGCUCAUGUGAAGACUGUCGGGUUGUAUGCCAUGCGAGAGAUAUUAAAGUGUAAGGCCAGUCAUCAACGAGACGGUCAUUGUCAUCCAGUCGAUAUCACGACCAGACGUUUACGUGAAUCUAUGAGCUGUCUUCAACUGACAGAACCAGUCACCCUGUCUCUAUCCGAAACAAAGACUGCCCUUGAUGAAGAAGAGGAGGGUACAGGGGGGACAACAGUAGCAGAAGCGCCCAUACCGCCACCAAAAGAAACCUCCACACCUACACCUUCUGGAUAUCCAUCACCACAUCAUUCCAGAUUUCAAAAAUGGGUACAAUAUAAACGUGUAUCCAGAAAAGCGCAUACCGAUACUACGAGUACACCUAUGGCACAAUCACAAACAUUAAGAAAAAUAGGUUCUUGGUUCUUUUAA